GCGACGGCGAAUGAUGUGCGUGUCUUCCUGCUUUCCCGCUCAUGGUCCAGCUUUCCUUGGUAUCCAACAAAGGCAACUCGGGUGUCCGCUACUUCCCGUACACGGGCUACCUCGGCCUCACACCCAUCAAGGUAGAGGGUGCUGUCAUCACCAAGCUGGACGCGGACCGCAAACCCCUCCUUGCCAAAUGCAUCACCAUCGCCGUCCGCUGCUAUGAAGCACGCGUCGGUCGCGCAGGCAUAUCACGCGCGCACACCUUGGCCGAGUACACACAAACUCUCUGGUCCAAGCCCGAAGACCAACAAUACGCCGACGUUGCCGACCUCGAACUCCCAUUCCGCAUAUCUAUCCCCUCCAAAGUCGGAGGCCACAGCACAUGUUCUUUCGUGGAGUACAGGUGCUUCUGGAGGAUAGAGGCUUGCAUCGACCAUAUACCCAUAUCGGCCGUCGGCACACGCAAGACGAAACACUUCGAACUCGCGUUCGUGCGCUACGACGUUCCCCCCGAGCUGCCCUUGCCAUUACCCCGUCAACGUCUUCACCUACUCGCCGGCCGACAAGGCAUAUCACAAAUUCGCUAUCACUUGGAACCUCCCACCGCCGCAAUCGGCCCACUUGACCUAGUGUCAAUCCCGAUCAGCGUGCUACCCUUACAACAGCCAGUGUCUGUGCGGGGUGCUUCAGUCACGAUCGAACGUCGCAUUCAAUUCAGUGAUACGGCCGCCGCUUCAUCCUCAUCACCUGCAUCUCCCUCAUCCUCCCCCGCAUCGUACUCGCAUAUGCCCACCCGACAUAAGAACGACUCCGCCAUGUCCUUGUCUAGCGACCCCUCGUCAACAAUGGCUCCCUCUUCAUCAUCGACCAUCACCCCGGACACUGCCUAUAAUGCGCCAUCUCUGGCAGACUUGGCGUCCACAUCUGAACUACCCCUGCUACCACCACCGCCGCCUGUGGAACCCCAACCAGCAUCCUCGUCUUCCAAGGUUCACAUUAGCCACAUCAUUGGUGGUCAGUCUUCCGGCCCGUUCGCUGUCACGGACUCCGGUGUCUGCAACAAGACGCUCACUGUCCAAUGGCCUGCCAUGAAGUCCCACACGCGCUGGGCUAUCGGCGAGACCAUGCAGACUGAGUUGGCCUCAAUCAAAUACUUCGCAUGUAUCAAGCUGGAGCUAAGUACUGCGAAAGGCCACGAGAUUGUCGAUCUUGCACCCCAGGAGCUCCUCGUUGUGUCGACGAACCAAUCCGAACGUCAAGUCGCCAUCACCAAGUAUAAUGAGAUCCUUGCUACAGAGCGCUCCCGCUCCAAGUCCAAGUCUCCGAGACGAACCCGCAAUCCUCAGCUCCCGGAACCUCUACCACCAACCCCAGCCAACCCCAUCGUCAUUCCCUCCUCAUCCAACGACCGCCGGGCAUCCCGUAAAACCCCACGGCGGCCCCACACCAGCUCCGGCGCGACGCAUACACCUACCCUCUCCUUCAGUACCAGAGACACCAAGCCAAAGCACGCCUCCGCUAUUGUCAAUUUGGGUCCCGGCGCCACAUAUGGCUAUGACACGGUGCACGCUCCAAAGUCGUAUAUCGCUCCCAAGAUCGCCACGGUGUCGAGUGGUGGCAGCGCUAUCAGCGGCUUCAGCACGUCCAGCCGAGGCAGCGCGAGCGAAGACGAGCGACGGCGAGCCUCCAAGGUCGCGGACGAUGCCAAGAUUCGCGCCUGGGAGGAGGAGCUUGCGAGGAUCGAGGCGCAGAGCCGACGCUCAAGCGACCUCCUCGGCUUCGGACGCAAGUUACGGCGGCUGGUACGAUGAGAUGUGGGGUAGAUUCGAGGGUGCGUCCAUGUGCAGUAGCGCUGCACGGUAACCUCUGGGCUUUGGUUGGCUUUCACGGACCUUGGAUUCACGUUGUUCAUCGCUAUCGAUCCAUACUGCAUUGCCAUGUGUAACAUUAUUCUACAUGCACUUUCUGUCCACUGCAUCAAUCGCAUACCCGAAUAUGAGGAUAUGCUCGUCGUCUCCAUCUGCAGGAGACCCCCUUCAGUGAUAGGCAUCGCCGACGCAACUCCCGAGUCCCCAACACAUCACGCAACGGAACCUCGAGGUCGCUGCUCUAGCGUGGUGACGUAACAUCGGCGUCUUCCGCCGGCUAUUUGCGGC